AAUUCCAAUUUCAAAUCCAAAAAACCCCUUCUCUGCCUCCUUUGUUUUCUCUGCAACGAUGCAGCUCUUCUCAAAAUCGCUUACUUUUACUGAUGUCCGCAAGAGAUUAGCGAUCCCCACCAAGAUUGUGAACUUCUUGUUACCCAACGAAGGCAACCACGGGGUGGAGUUGCAUGUCCGGCAUGGGACCACCGUGUGGCCAAUAAUGUGCACAACUCGCAAAGAAGGCUAUAAAAAGCCUGUACUUUCCAAAGGGUGGAGAGCCUUUGCUCUUAAAAACAAACUAAAAGUGGGCGACGUUGUGACCCUUUACAAAGAGGAAGACGAAGCAGGCUAUUUGGGCUACAGGAUUGAAGUGAAGAGAGCAGAUAAGCCAUCUGUUAAGCAGUCCCGUCCCACCGUCGGUGAUUUACCCACCGGUAACUCCGACGAAGCUACUUGUAAAUCACAUCGCAUGUUUGAAGAUGGUGUAGUCAAGCGAUUUGGUGUUGCAGAUGAGAAAGUAGAAAAGUGCUCUUUCAAGCUAUUUGGGGUUCAUGUCUUUGAGAAUCGCCCGCCUGCGGACACUUCCUCCUGUGAUGCCACCGCCGGUGAAGCCAAUAUUACGGCCAAGGAGGAGAAGGAAUACGACAAUAAUUCUGUCGGGCUCAGUCUAGAUUUGACUCUGGCACCGCCCACAGCAAUUGGCCCAAGACAAAUACUGCAGUGCAGCCCAUAACCAUAGCCCAAUCAAAAACAUGGUUAGUUACUUGGUUGGUUAUAGCCUUUUUUUUUUUUUUUUGGAUUGACGGUCAGUUACAGCCUUAUGACUGUUUGGUAAUUGCUUGAUCAUAUUCGUGCUUGUAAGUUGACGGGUCGGGUCUAAAAUUACCGCCAAUGAUGUAGUGUGACAUGUGACAUGUAUGAAGAAAGAUGAAUUGUAUUU